AUGUCGAACCAGUCACAGAACAAGAAAACUCGUUUCCUCUCGCCUUCCGCCAUUCGGAACAGUUGGAAAUCGUUCCGAAGUCGUUCAUCGUCGUCGAAUAAUGCCGCCCAAACUCAAACGGGCCAGAGCGCGCAUGUAACACCCUCUGGUACAACUUCUCCACCCAUGUCCAGGUUGCCUUCCACCGAGGGACGCAGCGCCGAUGUACAAUCUUCCCCCAGCGCAUCAGUAGCUGUUGUAGGCUCCUCUAAACAGGACCCAUCGUCAUCUCUUCCAGUCAAGGAAUUUGCGAGAGAUGUUUUGAGUGGGGGCUAUGAAGUUGUCAAAAUUCUUAAGGAGUGCUCAGGUCUCUGUCCUCCUCUGAAGACUGCUCUUAGCGGUUUCAUCGAGUGUGUCGAAUUGUACAAGAGGACAUCUGGAAACCACGAAGAGAUGGAACGGAUUUUGAAAAUCAUUUCUGAUUUGGGGUCGGAGCUCGCAGUCAAGCUAGCGGAACCUAGGGACCAGACGUCGUUGGAUCGGAUUAUGAAGCAGCUGUUGAAAUCGCUAGAAGAAGAGGACAAAAAGAUCAUGGCCAUGAUUGAACGGGGAUUUUUGGUAAGAUUGGCUCGUAAUAGCGAUCAUGCGGGGAAGCUCGUUUCCUCAUGCAAUGCAAUUAAAGACGCUCUUCAUUUAUUCCUUGUUGGUCUAACUUUACUGAUAGAGAGGAACACGCGCGAUAUUCUGAAGAACGUAGUUUUCCAGACCCUUCCCCGCUCCCACGAUGCGGCUUUCACUGCUGCCAUCAACCUCGAUAAUAUUUCGCGAGGGCCGUGCACGAAAGAUACUCGUGUUGAUGUCAUCAAGCAGAUCAUGGAGUGGGUAAAGGAGACUGACUCUACAAAGGCUCCAUCUGUUUACUGGCUCACUGGACUGGCUGGCUUGGGCAAAACAACAAUUGCCUACACUAUCUGUGAGGAGCUAAAAGCAGCACAUGUUGAAUUUGUCUCUUUCUUCUGUUCACGCCAACUUGACAGCAAGAACUCAAAGCUCCUCAUCACAACAAUCUGUCGUGACCUUGCUGCACUGUUUUCUUCAUUUGCAUCUCAGCUUUUACCUGUUCUGGAGAAAGACUCUAACAUUGCCCAUGCAAGGCUGCCACUCCAGCUGGAGGAACUGUUUACAAAUCCAUGGAAGGCUUCUCUUUCCCACCGUCAAUGCCUUCCAUUGCCUGUAGUAGUAGUGGAUGCUCUUGAUGAAAGUGAUCAUGGAACUGAGUUUUUGAAGGUGCUACUUGAUGCUGUGGACUCGGGUGAGCUCUCAGGGAUCAAAUUUCUUGUGACAAGUCGCCCAGAACCUACACUCUUUGACCUUUGCAAAUCAUUCCCUCCAAAUGCAGUUUGUAAGCUCUAUGAGAUUGAUGUUUCCAAUGUCCAAAAAGACAUUGAGAAAUAUUUGUCCUCUGCACUCCCAGAUUUAAAGGAUGAGCCUAAUCUAGUAAAACUGGCAAGCCAGGCACAGGGAUUCUUUAUCUAUGCUGCUACUGCUGUGAGAUUCAUAUCAUCACCUAGCCAACCUUUCUCAGUUCAUGAGAAGCGGAAACAGUUACAAAAUAUUGUGAACUCAUGGCCAGUAUCAAGUAGGGGGUCUGAACGUAAUGCAGUUAAUGAGCUGUAUCAAAAAAUCUUAGGAGAUGCUUUUUCUGAUGAACGUAUCUGUGAUGAACGCUUGCCGAUCCUCCACACAGUUCUGUGUGCAGAAAGCAGGAUCACCAUGUCUGUUAUAGCUCAUCUGAGUGAUAAUGAUCAGGAUACAGUUGAGAAAACUAUAGAAUCACUGCAUCCUGUCCUGUUCAUUUCUUCUAAAGAUGAAUGUGUCUACUGGUACCACACAUCAUUUCUUGAUUUCAUUUUCACUCAAGCAACAGCAAAGUUCAGCAUCUUCCUCAAGCAAGGCUGUCCAAGUCAAGAGAUCAAUGUAUUCUGUGACAAAGUUGCUCAUCAUGCAAUCCUAGCUUGUCAGUGUUUCAUCAUCAUGAGAAAACUGCUGCAUUUCAAUAUGUGUAACCUCAAGUCAUCAUUUCAGUUUGAUUCUGAUGUGCUAGGACUUAAUGGUGAAAAACUCAGAAAUCUCUCACCUGUUCUACGAUAUGCAUCCCGACAUUGGGCUACACACCUCUCUCAGGCAGCAACUGCAGAUGAUGAAAGCAAUGAACUAUUGCAAUUUCUUGAUGACUUCAUGUGCAACAAACUGCUUUUCUGGAUUGAGGCCAUGAAUCUUAUUGGUCAUAAAUUUGAGUGUCCAUCAUCAUUGAAAGAUGCUGAAGAAUGGUUCAAAAAAGGAAUAAAGCCACUGGGUCUCCUGGAGUACUUGUCAGAUGCUGCAGGUUUUUCAGCUCAUUUUGCAGGGAGUUAUGCAUCAGAGUCAACUCCACAUUUAUACAUUUCAGCAUUAUCUACAUGGUAUCAAGAUUCACCAGUCUGGACACAUUGGAAACACCGCUUUACUGCACUUCCAUCAAUUACAUUACUGAAAGAUGCUAUUACAGUCCCUUUGCUGACAAUAACUACCAACAAACAUAUAACAAGUGCAUCUGUAUCUGGGAGGGGUGACCAGAUUGUCACUCAUUCUAAGCAAGAUUCAUCAUUACUGAUAUGGGAUAUAAAGACAGGUCAUUUGUUAAAGAAGCUGCAGGGUCAUACUGAUGUUGUUUGGUCUGUUGCAUUCUCAUCCAAUGGCAACCAAAUUGCUUCUUGUUCCAAAGACAAGUCUGUAAGAUUGUGGGAUGCAAAGACAGGCCACCAGAUAAUAAACUUGCAAGGUCAUUCAAGUGAUGUCCAAUCAGUUGCAUUCUCACCUGAUUGCUCUGAAGUGGUAUCUGGUUCUCAUGACUUCUUGAUAAAGGUGUGGGAUACAAAGACAGGCAAACUGCUAAGAGAGUUUGAGAGUCCUGAAAAUGUUGCUAAUUCACUUGUAUUCUCACCUGAUAGCCACAAAAUUGCAUCUGGUGCUGCUGGUGGCUCAGUGUGGGUCUGGGAUGCAAAGACAGGUGACCACCUAAUAGAGAUGCAAGGUCACAGUGGUUGGGUGUCCUCAGUUUCUUUCUCACCAGACAGCCAUAAAGUUGUAUCUGGUUCCUUUGACAGGUUAAUACUUUUGUGGGAUGCAGACACUGGCCACAUUCUGAGCAAACUGCAGGGCCAUUCUGCUUUUGUCUUGUCAGUUGCAUUCUCACCUGAUGGCAAUCAAAUUGUCUCUGGUUCUAGAGACCACUCAGUAUGUGUGUGGGAUGCAAAGAUAGGCCACCUGCUGAGGAAGCUGCAAGGUCAUACAAAUUGUGUUGGGUCAGUGACAUUUUUACCUGAUGGCCAAAAAAUCAUCUCUAGUUCUCAUGAUGGCUCAAUCAAUGUAUGGGAUGCAAAAACAGGCCAGCUGAGGGAACAAGAAGGCCAUGCAAAUUCUGUUACUUCAGUUUCAUUCUCACCUGAUGGCCACCAAAUUGUAUCUGGUUCUCUGGAUAACUCAGUACGGGUGUGGGAGACAAAGUCAGGCCACCAGCUUAAAGAGCUGCAAGGUCAUGCUGAUCAUGUUUCAUCAGUUAUGUUCUCACCUGAUGGCAAUCAAAUUGUUUCUGGUUCCUAUGACCACUCAAUAAAGAUAUGGGAUGUGAAGACAGGCCACCAACUGAAAACAUUGCAAGGUCACAGUGAUUGGGUUCUAUCAGUUGUAUUCUCACCUGAUGGCCAUCUAAUUGUAUCUGGUUCUGGAGAUAAAUCAGUUUGUUUAUGGGAUACAAAGACAGGUUACCAGCUCAAGAAGCUAAAAGGUCACACUCACAUGGUUGGUUCAGUUGCAUUUUCACCUCAGGGUGACUAUAUUGUAUCUGGUUCUUGGGACCAGUCAGUAUGGGUGUGGGAUGUCAAGAUGGGCCAUCAUCUGAUGAAGCUGCAAGGUCACACUGACCAUGUUUACUCAGUCACAUUCUCACCUGAUGGCAGGCAGAUUAUGUCCUGUUCCCUAGACAAUUCAAUACGGUUGUGGGAUAUAAAGACAGGCCAGCAGCUAAUGCAGCUGCACAAUCCAGUCCCACUAUCAGCUGCAUUUUCACCUGACAGUCACCAAAUUAUCUCUGGUUCAUGCCAAUUAGUGCAAGUAUGGGAUGCAAAAACAGGUCAAAAGCUGAGGGUGUUGAAAGGUCACACUUCCACUGUGGAUUCAGUUGCAUUCUCACCUGAUGGCAACCAAAUUGUCUCUGGUUCAUCUGACCACUCAGUACGGGUGUGGAAUGCUAACAAAGAUGAUCAACUAACAAAUUUGCAGAAGUAUCACAACCCAAUUGAUUUGGCUGUACCUUUGAAUGAUGAUAACCAGAUUAAAUUUGUUUCAGGAGAUCAGUUCAUUGGUAUCAGUGCUAAUUCACAUGUUGAUACUUUAUGGGUUAUAAAUGAAGAUGGCUGGAUUUGCUUUGCUUCUAAUCAUCUUGUUUGGAUCCCACCAACUAUUUGCAAGGUUCUGCAUCAUCCGCAUAGCAUUCUUAUUAUUUCUCAACUUGGCUCUGCCAAAAUCUCUUUCAAGGAUAGUAAGCUGGGACUUUCAUGGCAUGAGUGUUAUACUCCUUAG